UUAAAAUCAUUCAUUUCAGAUUUACUGAUAUUUUCAUCAUCUUAUCGGAAAACAAGUCACCAUCUAUACAGUUUUUAGUUUACAUGAUUGAAGGAUGGCGGUUCAGCCAAAUGCUAUGCCGAUGACGGUGCAACCGGGGAGUCACCUUCAAGCCCCCCAGGUCCAGUGGAUGCCUGCCCCCGAUAGGGUGGGGCCGGAAUGCCCCCCUGGGCUGGAAUAUCUCACCAAGAUAGACCAGAUACUCGUACAUCAACAGGUUGAAUUCUUCGAAGUUUUUACAAGCUGGGAGACGUGUAAUAGGUAUCAAGUGAAAAAUAGCCUUGGUCAACAAAUCUACUUCGCGAUGGAAGAAUCUGAGACGUGUCAGAGGCAAUGUUGUGGAAAUACAAGAGGUUUCGUUAUGCAUGUUCUUGAUAAUGCUAAUCAGGAGGUGAUGAGAGUAACGCGGGAGUUUAAAUGUUGCGCUGGUUGUUGCUGGUGCGCUAAUAUCGAUUGCUGUGGUAUGGAGAUCAUCGUUGAAGCACCGGUGGGCCAAGUCAUGGGAUAUGUCAGGCAAGCGCAGAGUGGUUGGUACCCUAAUUACAAUAUACUCGAUGCAUCACGGAAUUGUGUCCUCAAGGUUCGAGGCCCAUGUUGUAUCUGCCAAGGAGCAUGCUGCACAUGUGACCAAGAAUUCAAGGUAUGGGAUUCCAAUAUGACGAGUGACGUUGGCAAAAUUAGUAAGCAAUGGAGUGGAUUCGUAAAAGAGCUGUAUACGAAGGCUGAUAAUUUUGGAGUUUCAUUUCCUAUGGAUCUUGACGUGAAGAUGAAAGCAGUCAUGCUGGGCGCUGUGUUCCUCAUCGAUUUCAUGUACUUUGAAGAAAACGACAACAACACCAACUAAUCCACUGUAAUACCUGGCAACCCAGUGGUGACGUCAUAUCCGCUUUGGCACCAAACCAUGUAUUGCCUUCCGAACAUUGGCCCCUGAUUGCAAAUCAUGAAACCCAUCAUGAAAAAGAACCCAUACUUUAUUGGUUAAAUAGAAAA